AUGUCUUCCUCGGCGCAGGACCUCGCACUACAACUUGAUAUCGGGAAGACAUUCGGGGCACUUUUUAUUGGGGUUACCAUUGCAGCAGUGAUACUCGACGCUUUGCACUUGGCCUUGAUCGUCCAUUGCGUCUACUAUUAUUUAGUGGUCAACUAUGCAAACGUCAGUGCACUCUCGGAAAUCGUAUGGAGUUUUAAACUUCAGAUAGUAGUCGAGUUUUUCGUUAUUUGUGGGGUACAUAUAUUAUAUGUUUAUCGCAUAUGGAUAAUCAGCAAGGGCCGAUCAAGAAUCCUCCCUAUCACAGUAGGCGUAAUCGAAAUAUUACUCUCAGGUGUUGCCAUCGCCCUUAUCUGGGCAUUAUACCAGUGUCAUCUGUUCUCGGACUUGCUUAAAAUCGAGUGGGCGACAUUCAUGACUUUGGGCACGAUUACUUUUGCCGACAUCGUUGUCGCAUCAUCACUAUGCUAUCUCCUGGCUACCUCCCGUACUGGAUUUUCUGGCACCAAUUCCUUGAUAACGAAGCUCAUGGUUUACAUUCAUAUGUUCGAUGGCAGCUAUGAUUACACCAUGCCGCACAACUUCAUCUUUAUCGCUAUUGAAUUUUUAUUGGCUAAAGUAUAUAUCAACGCGUACUUCGCACUCCUGAAUGCACGACACUACACGCAAGUCAACACAGACUCUACUCACAAUCCUUACCCACUCCAUAACCGCCCCGAGGUCUACCGCCCGGAGCUGCACAUCAGGAAUUCAGAAGACGAGGAGCUCCAAGUGUCCCGGAAGAAUGUGUUUAGACAUCCCGAUGAUGAAGCUAUGCAUCCUUCUCGAUUUGUCAUGCCGCAGCAGUCGACUGCGGUGGCAACGGAUAUGACCUUUUUACCCGUGUGA